AUGUCCCUGCGCUCCAGGACCCCCGACAAGGUGUUUGCCAAGGAGAAGAUGGCGAGGCCGGCCUCGGUCUCCACCAGCCUCUCCUUGGAGCUAUGCACCUUCCCCGCUACCCUGGGCUCCUCGGUAGCGGCCACCGCGUUAGAGCAGCUCUUAGUUGUGGAAAAAUCUCUUCAAGGUGACUAUUUCACAUGCAAUGAAGAAGUUAAGACCUUUCUUAAGGACAUUACUAUAGCUGUCAAAAAACUGGAAGAAAUGAGGAAAAACACAAUAGAGCUUCUGGAAAUUGAAAGCAUGGAACUGAGCAGGCUCUACUUCCUGCUGGAGACGGUGCCCAGCGCCAUUAACAGGGAGCUGGAAGAAUCUAUCAGAGAUGCUCGCAGACUAAAUCUUUAUGAGAUAAAUACAAUGAGAAAUAAGAUUGGACAAAUGGAUAAUGAAGUAGAGUUUCUAAAGACAAGAAUAAGUGAGCUGAAGAAAACAAACAAAGCGCUGGGCGUGAAGCAAGCAGAGCUGGCAAAGGAGCACGCAAAGUUGGUCCUGUCGCUGAACCAAACCCUGGAAGAAAAAUCCGUGGCCACUAUUUACAUAAAUGACAUCUAUACCAGAAUAAACUUUGAGAGAGAAGAAAUAGCACUUCAAAAGCAAUGCAUACAAGAGGCAACCCAGUUAAUAGAAAAACAUAAAACAGAGUAUUUUGAAAAGAAAGACUUUCUAGCCUCCCAGGUAAAAGAGGUUAAGCAGCACUGUGGAGUGAAGAGAAUGGAGACGUAUACCAAGAGGAAAGAAUUGAACAGAUUACAAAAUAAAAUAUUAAAAAUGAAGCAAACAGUUACUAGCAGCGCAAUGAAGAUUAGUGAUCACAAUAUCGAGAUGUCACGGCUACAGGAAUCAAUAGCUAUUUGGGAGAAAAAGGUGGAAGAUGUGAAGAGAGUUUGUGAAAGUUUGGAGGGAAAACUGCAGCAUUUUCAGAGUCACAAGGAACGCCUAGAUGCCUCAUCUUCUAGCAAGAAGGAUGUGUUCCUGGAUAAAAUACAGCAGAUGGGUGAAAUGGCACACAAGAUACAAGCAGAGAACAAAGACCUCCGAGACAGACUGAACACUAUCCUCAAACAGUAUAAGGUGGUCUUGAAGGAAGAGGAAAAUGUGCUUUCACAGAAGAAAAAAGUCUAUGAUGACAACCAGAAACAGGUGUCACUUAUUAAUCAGAAGGAAAGCUUCCUGGAGCAGAGAAAGCUCAACAUCAAAAAUAUGGAAGGUGGAUUUGGAACCCUUCAGGAUCUGCACGAAGCAACAAAGGAAGUAUAUCGAAAACAAAUAAAAAUCAUGAAUGAAAAUCUGGAAAGAGAAAUUCAGAGAAGCGUCGUAACACAGUGGAAAAUAGCCUGUGCAAUAAAAAGGCACGCACGUUGGCUACUAAAGAUAAAGUUGACCAUGCAAAAAAUUAUAACUGAAAUUGAGCUUGCAGAAGAGAGGCGAGUUGAAUUACUUGAUGAGACAAAGCAGAGAGAGAAGGAGAUCAAUGCCUUUGUGAAACAAAUUGAGAAAUUUAAGAUGGAAUUAAGAGAAGAAGAGAAGUCAUUUGUCAAAAAAGAAAAAAAGUUAAUCGAAGAAGUAUACAAGUAUGAGGACCUACUCAUGAAGGAAGAGCAGAUUUACAAGGAGAAGGAGGAGGAGCUGGUUGGCAGUCUUCCACACCUUCAGGUAGCAGAAGAUGACUUCAUAGAAAAGAACAGGAACCUCAAGUCCCUCCACAACGAUGUUUCAGCAAAGAAGCAAGAGGAGAAGCUAUUGAACAGCUACAUUUUCCGCUUUAAAAGGGACAUCGCCAAAUAUACGGGAAACAUGGACAAUUUAAAGCAAGAAUUAAAACAGCUACGAGAAUGUGAAAGUAAAAAAACCCAAGAGAAUUUUGAAAUCCUAAAGAACUUAGAGAACAAAAUCUAUGUAAACGACCAAAAGACAACCCUUCUCAUCCUGGAAAAUAAAAAAAUCAAAGAAUAUAUUGCCUACCUGAAGAAGGAAAUCCAAACAUACAGACAAAUGGCACAGAGGAAUGUGCAGGACUCGAGUGACCUGUCUUGGCAGCUGAUAGCUCAGCACAGACAGUAUUCAGAUUUGCUGGUACUAUUUCAGAUCAUAAUUAAGGAACUGGUGAGCACUGGACAAGACACUCUGCAAGAAAUUAAGACUCUGAUAGAGAAGCUAAUACACAGGGACGAGAGAAUCGAGUUCAUUGGCGGCUGGUUACUGGGGAGCAUCGAAAGGCUGCAACUGCUCAUAGAAGAGGAGUUACCGCUCGACCUUCAUAACCAGCACCUUGACAAGCCUGGAAAGAAGCGAAGGAAUGGCAAAACGGUCCAUUUCGCCCUAACUACUCACGAUGGGAUAACAUUAACCUGCAAAAAGCUUAAGGAAACAGCCCAGAAACUACCACAGCUGCGCAGGCGAUGUGAGUGCACCCAAGCUCAUCUCCUUGCAGCACUAAUGGAAGUCUCCAGAGCUGCCAUGGAGGAGAGGGGGUAG